AUGCAAGGUCGUUCGGUCAAUCAGAACAACAGUCAUGUACUCAAUGAUGAUGACAUUGAAAGUAUAAUCAACCCUGGAGAAUCGACAGGUGGCAGCGAUCAUCGUAACUCACAGCCCGUGGUGGAGGACAUUGUAAAUCCCGCAUGGGAUCCCACAGGUGUGAUGUCACCUAGCAAUUUGGGCCCGCAGUCGGCACAGAGUGCUGGACCUGGACCUGGCCCGUUUUCGCCGCUCACAACUCACCCGUCACUAAUACCAAUGGACCAUUCUGGAGACAUCAUUAGACGUGGCACACCUAGCGGCUUUUACCCUGGAUCUGCGAGCCCAGAAGCUAGUCGUGCACCUAUUCACGAAUCUCUACUCUCGGACACUAUUCUCAUGCCAUAUAGAAAUAGGCUGCUGAAACCCAUUGCGAAGCCUGCAGCCUCUGUUGCACCGAAACAGCUGCCCAAGCGGAAACUCACCAGUGCCAAGACAAGACCGGCCUUCGUAAACAAACUGUGGUCAAUGGUCAACGACAGUGCGAAUGCUGAGCUCAUGUAUUGGGCCCCCGAUGGGAAAUCUUUUAUUAUCUCCAAUCGCGAGGGCUUCGUGCAUGGAGUUUUGCCCAAAUAUUUCAAGCACUCGAAUUUCGCAUCGUUUGUGCGCCAACUGAACAUGUACGGCUGGCAUAAAGUGCAAGACGUACGAUCGGGGUCGAUCCAGGCCAAUUCCGAUGAGAGAUGUCAGUUUGAGAACGAAAACUUCGUUCGGGGCGCUGAGGACUUGCUUGACAAUAUUGUAAGGCAAAAGCCGAGCCCAAACAACUCGAACGAUCUACUUGUGGGCCAAAACGGCGAGGAAAUGGACUUUGGAAUUUUGCUGAACGAGCUGGAGUCCGUAAAGUUCAAUCAGAUGGCGAUUGCCGAAGACCUAAAGCGCAUAUCGAAGGACAACGAGUUGCUGUGGAAGGAGAAUAUGAUGGCACGCGAGAGAAACCAAGCACAACAGCAGGCUCUUAAUAAGAUUCUUCAUCUUCUGACAUCGCUAAUGGGGUCCAAUGCCCAGAAACUGCUGGGAAACGAGCUGGCCAACGAACUGGCCCAGUCAAACGCUUAUUUCAACGACAUGCCUACGGGAAACCGCAGUUUCUGGGAUCUAGGCGGCAUGAACAGCUCUUUGGCUCGGCCAAGAUUGCUGCUGAAGGAUAGCCAGAGACAUACCCAUUCAAAUGGGCCCACACACGGACGAGACAGCGGUGUUCACGAUCCCGUACAAGCGGCGGCCUCUCCCAUACAGGAAAUCGACCGACAGUAUAUCAACAACAACGGCGUCCCGAGCGCUGAACCCACUUCGAUGAGUGAUGUGGACGGCCACGUUACGGGCAAUUCGCGAGCCAGCCAGUCCGGACCGGCCUUCGACUCGGCCGCAUCUGUCGACCCGAACUUUUUCGACGACCUGGAGUCCAAUAUCAAAAAACAAGGCGAGUCGAUCCAGGAGCUCGAGGACUGGAUCACCAAGAUGUCGCCUUCUCACCACAACGAGAUAGAAAGUGUCACACCGUCUGCACCUAGCACCGAGUCGUUGAACCACGUGACCGGUGGCGGCGGCCCACCUGUAAGUUCUCAACCAACGCCCUCUAAUUUCGAUCUCCAAGACUAUCUAGCCACUGCCGAUCCAGCAGGGCUCACUCCACUAAUUCAAGAGUCGACAUCAGAGCAGUCUAGCAAACGCGAUUUCAACAUCCAACAACCUGACGAAAUCAACCCGCAAAACCCCGCCAAAAAACAGAAAACCACUUCAGAAAACUCUCUGAUUUGA